AUGCUCGACUCAUGCGAGUUGGCGUUGACGGGUGACGAGCUCACCUCGUUCGGACACUCCAUCCUCACUGACGUGCCUGAGAACGUGACUGUCACACCCAUGGAUGGACCCGUCGGCUGCUCCGGCGUUUUUCUCGGAGCUCGUUUUGACUCCGCUAAGAGUCGCCACGUUUUUCCAAUUGGAACUCUCAGAAACCUUCGGUUUUUGUGCUGCCACCGCUUCAAGCUGUGGUGGAUGACUCAGCGAGUUGGCAGUAACGGAAAAGAAGUGCCUAACGAGACACAGUUUUUGCUCUUGGAGACAGAUCGUGACAGUCAAUCUUCGAUUGAGCCAGUUUACGUUGUGAUGCUCCCUCUCGUUGAUGGAUCUUUUCGAGCAGCCAUUCAGGGCUCAUCCGAUGAUAUGCUUGAAAUCUGCUCAGAGAGCGGAGAUCCAGAUGUACGAACCUUCGAAAGCACGAAGGCUGUUUUUGUAAACGCGGGCAGGAAUCCCUACAAGCUACUGAAUGAGUCCAUAAGGUCUCUUGAGAAGCACUCAGGAAACUUCCAGCACAGGGAGAAGAAGACUCUCCCGGGAUUUGUUGACUACUUCGGAUGGUGCACGUGGGAUGCCUUCUACACUGACGUUGAUGAAGAUGGAAUUCGCAAGGGCCUGUCCAGCCUUGCAGAGGGAGGAGUACCAGCAAAGUUCCUGAUUAUUGAUGAUGGUUGGCAAGCGGUUGCUGCUGAUUUUCACGCAAAGGCGACUCUGACCCCUGAAACACAGCAUUUCAGCCGGCUUGUGGAUAUCAAACCCAACGAGAAGUUCAACUGUGACAAUGAACAGGAGGCUUGUGCGGACGGCCGUGGAAAUCUGACAGAGCUGGUUACUUCAGCAAAGGACGAUUAUGGCCUGAAAUACGUCUACGUCUGGCAUGCUCUCAUGGGAUAUUGGGGAGGCAUCAACCCAACUGCUGCUUCCACGCAGAAGUUUCUGGUGACUCUCAUAUACCCUCACUUUUCCCCUUCUGUCAUGGACAAGCCUGACACUGUGCUGGACCUGAUAACCAAGCAUGGUUUAGGGGUAAUUGGCCCAUCCAAGAUUCACGAGUUUUAUGAUGAGAUGCACAGCUACCUGGCAUCAUGCGGCGUGGAUGGGGUGAAGGUGGAUGUUCAGAGUAUGUUGGAGCUGGUUGGUGGAGGACAUGGAGGAAGGGUCGAAAUAGCGAGGGCAUACCACACAGCUUUGGAGGCAUCAGUGACCAAGAAUUUCAAGGAAAAUGGUGUAAUUGCAUGCAUGAGCCAUAACACUGAUAGCAUUUACAUGACUCAGCGGACAGCAGUAGUCCGAGCUUCUGACGAUUUUUGGCCUAACGACCCUGCAUCUCACACAAUUCACCUGCUUGCGGUGGCAUACAACAGCAUGUUUUUGGGGGAGUUUAUGCAGCCCGAUUGGGACAUGUUUCACUCUCUCCACCCAGCAGCUGAGUUUCAUGCUGCUGCAAGAGCUGUUGGAGGCUGCCCUGUCUAUGUGAGUGACAAGCCUGGCCAGCACAACUUUGAGGUGUUGAGAAAGUUGGUCCUCCACGAUGGGUCCAUUCUUCGAGCCAGGCUCCCUGGGCGACCCACCAGGGAUUGCCUGUUUGUGGACACAGCACGAGAUGGUCGAAGUUUGCUAAAAGUCUGGAACAUCAACGCUUGCAAUGGAGUCCUUGGAGCUUUCAAUUGCCAGGGCGCGGCCUGGUGCAAAGACUCACGCAAGUACAAGUUUCAUGAUUCCGAGUCCAAGGAGCUUGCGGGAACCAUCUGCGCUGCCGACAUAGAAGGGCUGGAGCAACUCACUGGGCCUGACUGGGAAGGAGACGUUGCAAUUUACUCCCACAACUCAGGAGAGCUUGUUGAUCUUCCUUUGGGAGCAUCCCUCGCCACCAUGCUCAAGCGACUGGAAUUUGAAAUCUUCACAGUGUCUCCCAUCCAGUACGCUGAGGUUUACUCCAGACAAAGCUCGUCUGGGGCCCCUCUUUCCCUGGCAGCAGCUGUUCCUCUGACGAGUCCACCGUGUUCACAGCCUGCCAACCCGCCAUUUGCCGGAACCACCCAGUCACCUCCCACGCACCCGCGGCUUUCCCUCCUGCUGCAGGUGAGGUGUCUAUAUCGUCCUCAAGGCUCCGCCAUGCGGCCAUUUCCACCUGAUGCGGCUGCUCCUGGGGUGCUCUCGCAGCCGCGCUAG